UACUUGUCAGUGCCCCGUUGGUUUGGACUCCGGCAAAUGCAGUCUGGGCGGGACACAACAGGAGGGUGGCUCAGAAAGGACGUGGGGUCGUUCCUUCCGACCUGCGGGGUCCGCAGGGGGUGAGGGCUCCCCGAGAGCCGGGCGUCUGCGCUGCCUUCCGAUCCCUCCCUCCGUGUGACACCCGAAAGGGGGGCGAUCUGUCACCUAACUAGAGAGACUCUCAAGAGGAAGUCCUCUGCUGAACUCAGACAUUAAAAUCCUAACCACCAGAGCUAAUUUGGAUCAUAAACCACCAAAUGAAUGGGAGUGUCUGUGGUCUUGGCAAGUAUAGAAACAUAUAGCUUACUUAUGAGGAUAAUUCACUAAAACAUCAAGCUAUGAAGAAAAACUCCAAGAGGAACCACAGUUCAAGGGUUUCUGACCUAGAAUUGAGCUCUGCGGAUGCUGAGAAGGAAAUAAAAGAGCGUCAGAAUAACUUUGUUGAACUGCUGCCUCCAGAAGUUACUUUUAAAAUUUUCAGUCAGCUGGACAUCUGGAGUUUGUGCAGGGCUUCAGUGACGUGCAGGAGCUGGAAUCACACAAUAAGACACAGCGAUGCCUUGUGGAAACCUCAUUGCCUGACUGUGAGAGCUGUAUGCCAAAGAGAGAUAGAUGAUGAUCUAGAGAGUGGUUAUCCCUGGAGGGUAAUACUACUGAGGAAUUACCAGAAGAGUAAAGUGAAACAUGAAUGGCUAAGUGGCAGAUAUAGCAACAUAUGUUCUCCUAUCAGCCUACCAGAAAAAAUCAUGUACCCAAUGGAUGCAGACACAUGGGGGGAAAUUCUAGAAGCAGAACUGGAAAGAUAAGCAGAAAAAUCACAUACAGAUCUCCUAACUUUGAGAGUUUAAAACUAAAGUGACUCUUAGUUUAUAAAAGGUAUAUCUUUAGCCGUCCAUUUUUUUGUUUGCCUUUUUACUAUUUAACAUUUAAAAGAAAACUAAGUAGAACAUAUUAUA